UCAGAGGGUAAACACAGAACCACAGAGAUUUCAGCAGAGAUGAAUAAAAUCAGAAGGUGGUUCAACAAACCAAAGAAGCCUUGUCCUGCUGAAGAUGCUGCAGCAGGUGGACGUCAGGUGUCCUGUGAGGUGUCCUCACAGCAGCCGGCAGGUCAGGGUGAACAGGAGCCUGUCUCAGUCAGAGACACGCAGACAGAUACACUGCAUGAAGGGACCUGCUGUGUCAGUGGAAAUCCUGAUGUGUUUAUAUGGACGACAAAUGCUCAUAAAGCAGAAAAUCUGCUGAUUCCACCUUUGACCUCAGAGUCCUGUCAUGAUGUCACCGUCGUCAUGGAGAUGCUGAGACCUGCCCCACAGCAGAGGGACGCUCCACUAUUGGAUGACAGGGAGCUCCUGCAGAGAGACGAACAACACCUCACAACAGAAGAGUCUGUCUGCAGACCUCCGACCUCCACUCCACUUCCUGUCUGGAGGUCACAGUUACAGGUAGAACAGGUGACAGGUGAGUUGAACCUUCAGAAAGACCUGAGUCACCUGAAUGUAUCAGAGGCCGCUGACACCCAGAGUCCAGGCCCAAACUCUGAUCCUGGAUCUGACUCAGGUGGUCUGACACCUGAUGUCAGUGAUAUCAUCAGCCUCAGACUUGCAGGGGGCGGAGCCUCAAACCCGUCAGCGCCCUCUCCUGGGCUUCCUGUCCGACCUUUCCUAAAGACAAGAGAUGACUUCUUCCUCCCGUCUUCUCAUCCAGGGGUGAGGGGGAGGAGGAUUCCCUGUUCCCUGCCCUGCUCCCCUCUGCUGGGGGGGAGAUGCUUUAGGUCCUCCCCCUCCUCCCCCUCUCCUCCCUCAGCUUUGUCCAGGCUUCAGGUGGAAGCAGCUCUGCAGAGAAGCAAAAACAUCAGACAGAAUAAACUCAACCCACCUGCCCCGAGUUCCCCACAGGUGAGGGAAGGGGCGGUGUGGGAGGAGGGGGAGGAGGAAGAUUCAGACCUGUGGUGUUUGGACUCCGUGAGCUCGAGGUACUGCCAGCUGACGCCCUGCAUCUGUUUCAGGUGUCCCAGUGCUCCUCCGUACGAAGCUGAAGUUUUCUCACCUGGAGACAUUCACACAGUUCCUUCGUUCAGCUCAGAAGAUCAGAGAUGUAGCCGCCGUCUGACCCAGCUGUCUCAGAGGACAGAGGUCCAGAGGACAAGGGGGGACAGUGAGCAGGAUUUGCCCAGAGACAGCUCCUGCCUUUACCCCAGUCUGAGUCUUUGGAGGAUUACAGGUGAUGCACAGACUGAACCGAGCAGGACACAGGAAAUAAACUCCUACGACUCCCAGGUAAACGACAACAACACUGAUGAUCACCUGCGGCAGAUUAUCUCAGAUAAACCAGGUGACCCGCAGUGCUCCUCUGAUCUGAGCUACAUUAUGAAGAAGGUGUUGAACCUGACCACCUGCAGCCGCGAUACAGCUUGUCCUGUUGAAUCCUGCAGCUUCUGUUCAGACACCGUCAGUGUCAUCAAACGUCGCCGCACAAACUGUGACCAGGAAACACCGACCUCUCACCUCACACCUGAGAACAGGAAGCACCAUCAGUGUCUCUGCCUUUCAACCAUCGUCAAUCUGAUCUGAGUCCAGCUUCCUGAAAAGCAUCAGCAGCUUCUGGAGGCAACAUGGACAAGAAGACACGUUUUCCUCUCAGCUUCUCGGUGUCUCUGUUCCGUGGACUGAAUCCCAGGCGUCUCUAACUGGACGGAGGCGAUCGGUUGAAUCAGUCCAGUCUGACAUAUUAACGGUUUUCACAGUAAAAGCCAGAUGUUGUUUUCUCGUUGACAUUUUACAGACUGAAUUAAAAAUAACAGACUCACACUGAACGUUAUUUAAACCACA